AAAAAAAAAAAAGAUGACAGAGGAUUAAGCAAAAUGAGAAGACGGGUGUCCGAGUGCCAGUGGAAGCUGAAGGGGCUGGAGGUGACCAAGGGCGAGGGCAGCUAACGGUUGCAGGCUAAGGCACAGCAGCUGCACAAGAAGGAGCAGAGCUGGGAGCAGAAGCUAGAGAAGAUGUGCAAGAAGGAGAAGAGCAUGCCCUGGAAUGUGGACACGCUCAGCAAGGAUGGCUUCAGCAAGAGCAUGGUCAAUACCAAGCCUGAGCAGGCGGAGGUGGAGUUGGAGGAGGUGAGGGAGCAGAAACACAAAACCUUCAUGGAAAAGUAUGAGAAACAGAUCAGGCACUUCAACAUGCUCCACUGCUGGGAUGACAGCCAGAAGUACCUGUUGGACAACGUCCACCUGGUGUGCGAGGAGACCGCCAGCUACCUGGUUAUUUGGUGCUUUGACCUAAAGAUGGAGGAGAAAUGUGCACUGAUGGAGCAGGUGGCCCACCAGACCAUUGUCAUGCAGUUCAUCCUGGAGCUGGCCAAGAGCCUGAAGGUGGACCCUCGUGCCUGCUUCUGGCAGUUCUUCACCAAGAUCAAGACUGCCGACUGUCAGUACAUGGAGGGCUUCAAUGACGAGCUGGAGGCCUUCAAAGACUGCGUGCAGGGCCGGGCCAAGCUGCACAUCAAGAAGGUCAUGAAGGAGUACAAAGAGGAGGAGUGCAAGCAGCAGCGGCCGAGCAGCCUGGACCCCAUCGAGGUAUACGUGUCCCUCCCUGAGGAACUCCAGAAAUGCUUUGAGGUGAAUGAUGUGCAGAUUCUACAAGAUGCUGUCAGCAAGAUGGAUCCCACCAACAUGAAGUACCACAUGCAUCAUUGCAUCAACUCCAGCCUCUGGGUCCCCGACUCCAAGUCCAACGAGGCCAAGGAGGAAGAGGAGACGAGUCCCAGGGACCCUUUGCUGGAAGCCUCCAAGCCAGGUGAUGAGAAAAUAUCAGUGCAUGACCCACUUCAGCUGCUGCCUGACUGCCUGCAGGUCCCUGUGUGCCCCUUUUCAGAAAACAAAAAUAGACACCAUCUCCCUAGCUCCUGGCUUCCUCCACUUUUGCUGCUCCUCCACCUAGCCUGUAGGGGCCUGCCCAACCUCUCCACCGCCGCCAUACCCCCAGUGCUCACCCAAGUCUUUACUUUGAGUCAAGGGACUUCACUGCCUGCAGCUCGCCCCACUUCAGCAUUAUGCAAAAGUCUCGGGGAUUCAGGGACGGGUAGAGGUUGCCAGCCUGGUCCACAGGGUUGCCCUGGACUGAAGGAUUAA